CCCCUGGCCUCUGUGUUGUGGAACCACCCUUUUCUCUUGGACCAGCAGUCCAGUUAGUGCCUCUCCUCACUCACGCCGUGAGCUCCAGCGCAGAAGAACAGAAACCAUGAAACAGAAAGUACUACACACCCAGGAUGGCUGCCACCCCUGCCCUCCAGCAGGGAAGAAGGUAAUCUGCUGCUUCAGGUGUGGGGAGUCAUGCAGAGGAGAGGUGCUGCGUGUUCAGAGCAGCUACUUCCACAUAAACUGCUUUACAUGCAAAGUGUGUGGCUGUGAUUUAGCUCAGAGUGGCUUCUUCAUGAGGAAUGGGGACUACCUCUGCCCGCUGGACUUCCAGCGACUUCACGGCACAGCUUGCAACAGCUGUGGAGAAUUUGUGGAGGGAGAGGUGGUCACGGUGUUGGGGAAGACCUACCACACAGCCUGCUUUGUUUGCACCAUUUGCAAACAGCCUUUUCCUGCUGGGAAUUGUGUCACCUUCAUUGGAAAAGACUGCCUCUGUCAGCGCUGUAUGGAACCUGUGUCGCCGUCUCCAAACGCCACCAGCUAUUCCAGCAACUGCACUGGCUGUGGUAGAGACAUCAAGAAUGGACAGGCUCUAUUAGCCCUCGGAGGCCAGUGGCACCUAGGCUGCUUCAAGUGUAAAACCUGCAGGAAAGUGCUGAGCGGAGAAUAUAUCAGCAAGGAUGGAGUUCCCUACUGUGAGAGAGACUACCAGAUUCAGUUUGGGGUAAAAUGUGAAGCAUGUCAGAAGUUUAUAACUGGAAAACUCUUAGAGGCUGGGGACAGACAUUAUCACCCCAGCUGUGCAAGAUGCAGCCGAUGCGACAGGAUGUUCACAGAAGGAGAAGAAAUGUAUGUGCAAGGAUCAGUAAUUUGGCACCCAGAUUGCAGAGAAACCAGCAGAAUGGAGGACAGCUACAGGCGCACUAGAUCAUCAUCUGAAAGCUCCUGUUCCAGGCCGGGCUCGUGCACUCCUGGCAGCCCAGGUCGAACUAUCUGUGCCAAAGUAGAUAAUGAGAUCAUUGAUUACAGAGACUUAGCAGCAAUUCCCAGAGUCAAGGCUAUAUACGAUAUUGAGUAUCCUGAUAUGAUAUCUUAUAAGUCUGUGAAUGACCACCCCUCUACUCUGGAUGAGAAAGGAAACACACAACACAGCCAAAGAGUCCAAAAAAGUCCUGCAGAGUCACAAGAAAUCAAAAUUGAACCCACAGAGGAGAGUUUUGAAAUAAGAACACGUGUACCAAAAUCUACAAGCCAAGGCCCUUUAGGACUUCAUACAUUGUACCAUCGUCAUAGCUACACUCCAACUUCGUCCAGAUCACCACAGCACUUCCAUCGACCAGGGUUCCCGCUUUCUUCCUCUUUAUUCUGUGGCAACACUGGCACUUCCCCUCCUUCUCUUUUAUAUCACACCUUUCCCUCUCAAAGCAAAGCAGAUGAAAGCUUCAACGUGUACAGGAGGGCCCCGAUUUAUAAACAGCAAGAUCCAAAUUCCUCGACAUCCCCAGCAUCCUCUUUGGCCGGUCGGAACAGCCUCAGCCCGCCACGGCCAGCUGAUUUCUCCCGCUACCAUGACGACAGAUGCAGAGACUUCAGGCUCAUCUAUGACCAUCAGUACCCAUUAACACAAAUGGAGAGAGGAGUGUCUAUGCCUAAUUUGUUGGAACCAAAUAUCUAUCCAUAUGAAAUGCUCACAGUUAGUAACAGAGGACGAGUGAAGCUUCCCAGGGAUGUUGACAGAACAAGACUUGAGCGUCACCUAUCCCCAGAAUCAUUCCUCCACAUCUUUGGAAUGGAUAUUCAAGAAUUUGACAGACUUCCACUUUGGAAACGUAAUGACAUGAAGAAGAAAGCCGAUCUUUUCUAAUACAUGCUGUGAAUAUGUGAUGCAUGAGCUCCUUUGAACCUGUAUGUUUAUUCGUAUGUAAAAAUAGCACAAAAAGUAAGAACAUUUGUGGUUGGUUGAUUUUUUUUUUGUAACAAUUGCAUUUGUAGAUUCAAUAGCAAAAUAACUGAUUAGAGAAGAUUUGGCAAUUUUUUUCAUGGGCGCAACCCACACACUGCUCAACCUACAAAUACAUUUUCUAACAAAUGUAGCACCAUUUAAGGGAGAAUAAACAGGCUUUUCAGCCGCAUAAGAUUUGUUGCCAAGAAACAUUGUUCAAAGCAUCAACCAAACACAAAUGUCCUUACUUUCUGUGCUAAAUUUUUGGCACAGAAAUAUGAAAUGUUUCCCUAAAAACCGGACAGUUCAUAAUUAUCCUGGGACACUGUACCUUUUCACCUUUUUUAGUUAUUCAUAGGUUAUAGUAAGGAAUUAUAGCAUAGUUAAAAUUAUAAUAUCCUAAGACAACGAACUUAACCUUAUUUAUUUGUGUUUCCACGGGCAGCCGUGUAUCCUCUAGAUUCCCUGCUUAUAUUAAACAACUCCAUAUUUUUAUUCUUGGACUCUGCUAGAGCAGCUGUUCAUGAUUUACAGUUUUUAAUAAUUUUCCUUUCCCUCUCCUUUAAGACAACUUUCUUCUGGUUCGCUGAUGUCCUCACAUACAGAUCUGUGCCUGAGAUGAUAAUAUUAAUACAUCAUACAGAGCCAAGGGUAGAAAAAACUGUCAGUGUUUAGCGGUCUAAAGCCUGAACUUCAGACACAUAGAUAUUAUCGCUUGGAUCAUUUGAAACCAUGGCCUUGUUUAACAUGAGCAUCCACCAUUGUAACUAUAUGUAACACUAUAUGGACAAUAGUAUUGGACCAUGCCACUAGGAUCUCUGAAUUUAAGUGUGCGACUGUAAUUGGAUGUCACUGUUGCAGAAAGUAAAUUUGUGAAAAGCCUUCCCUUCUAGAUAUUGAGUGAUCAGCUCUGAGACAUUUUAUGCUACACUCAUCAGGCACUUUGUUAGUGUCGCUCAGUUUGAACUUCAGCAGGUCAUUUUCACCAGCGGCCCCCAACCUUUUUUGCGACAUGGACCGGUUUAUGUUGGACAAUAUUUUCAUGGACCGGCCUUUAAGGGGUCACGGA